AUGAACAGGGGCGAGAUGCCCACUGGCGUGUAUCCUUACGCUGCCCCGCAGUCGCAGUACCCGGGCCACCCCAUGCCUGUGGCAGGCUCUUCCAGGAACCCAGCUGAAGCAGUCCCGCCUGAACGGUCCACCGCCGCGCGGUAUGAGUGCAGUUACUGUCACAAAGGGUUCACCCGCCCGAGCAGCCUCAAGAUCCACAUCAACACGCACACCGGAGAGCGACCCUUCACUUGCCCACAUCCGGGCUGUGGCCGCAGCUUCAGCGUCCAGAGCAACAUGCGCAGACACGCUCGUGUCCACGAACGGGGGAGCGACUCUCAAGCCGACGUAGCGGACGAAGAGCUGGACGAAGGGAACUUUCCGCGUCCAGCAAUGACAAAGAGAGCAGCCAGCGCAAGCGCUGAUGCAGUCGGUCUAUUGCAGUCGCCACUUGGUGCGAUUCUAUCUAUUGCAUAUUUCACAACAUAUGUAUUGUCAUCCUUACUCAUCGAACGUCUUACGCACACGCUCGCUGCACGCCGCAUAUUUAUAUACAGCACCAUGCAAUGUAAACACAUCAGCAUCCCAUUGUUAUAG